AUGGAGAACAAAGCCAUGUACCUGCACGCCACCGUGAGCGACCGUGACUCUGGCUCCAUCUUUGAGGAGCCCUUUGAUGGCAGGAGCCUGUCCAAGCUGAACCUGUGUGAGGACGGUCCGUGCCACAAGGGACGGGCGGGUGGCUGCUGCACCCAGCUGGGCUCCCUGUCGGCCCUGAAGCAUGCAGUCCUUGGGCUCUACCUGCUGGUCUUCCUGAUUCUCGUGGGCAUCUUCAUCUUAGCAGUGUCCAGGCCCCGGAGCUCCCCGGACGACCUGAAGGCGCUGACUCGGAACGUGAACCGGCUGAACGAGAGCUUCCGGGACUUGCAGCUGCGGCUGCUGCAGGCUCCGCUGCAGGCCGAGCUGAGCGAGCAGGUGUGGAAGGCGCAGGACGCGCUGCAGAACCAGUCGGACUCGCUGCUGGCGCUGGCGGGCGCGGUGCAGCGGCUGGAGGGGGCGCUGUGGGGACUCCAGGCGCAGGCAACGCAGAGCGAGCAGGCGGUGGCCCUGCUACGCGACCGCACGGCCCAGCAGAGCGACGCGGCGCAGCUGGAGCUCUACCAACUGCAGGUGGAGAGCAACCGCAGCCAGCUGCUGCUGCGGCGCCACGCCGGCCUGCUGGUGGGCGACGAGCUGGCCGACGUGGGCGGCGCCCUGCGCGGCCUCAACCUCAGCCUGUCCUACGACGUGGCCCUGCAGGGCACGCAGCUGCGGGACCUGCAGGUGCUGGUGAGCAACGCCAGCGAGGACGCGCGCCGCAUGCGCCUCGUGCACCGGAGCCUGGAGCUGCAGCUCAAGCAGGAGCUGGCCGUGCUCAACAGCGUCACCGAGGACCUGCGCCUCAAGGACUGGGAGCAUUCCAUCGCGCUGCGCAACAUCUCCCUGGCCAAAGGACCACCGGGCCCCAAAGGCGAUCAGGGGGAUGAAGGGAAAGAAGGCAAGCCUGGAAUCCCUGGAUUACCUGGACUUCAAGGUCUGCCAGGGGAGAGAGGGACCCCAGGACUGCCCGGCCCCAAGGGCGACGAAGGGAAGCUGGGAGCCAUGGGACCGAUGGGCAUGCGUGGGUUCAAAGGUGACCGAGGCCCAAAAGGAGAGAAAGGAGAGAAAGGAGACAGAACAGGGGAUGCCAGUGGCGUGGAGGCCUUGAUGGUCCGGCUGGUGAAUGGCUCGGGCCCACACCAGGGCCGCGUGGAGGUGUAUCACGAGCGGCGCUGGGGCACCGUGUGCGAUGACGGCUGGGACAAGAAGGACGGAGACGUGGUGUGCCGCAUGCUGGGCUUCCCCAGCGCUGAGGACGUGCACCGGACGGCUCAGUUCGGACAAGGCACAGGGAGGAUUUGGAUGGAUGAUGUCGCCUGCAAGGGCACGGAGGAAAGCAUCUUCCGCUGCAGCUUCUCCAAAUGGGGGGUGACAAACUGCGGACACGCUGAGGAUGCUGGAGUGACAUGCAAGAGACACUGACAGUGGGCACAGCCCAAGGUCCGGACCCAGCCGCCAAGCCUCCUUCCUGCAUUCCUGGGGUGGGGGCAUCGCUCGGGGCUCCCCUGACCCAUGCCUCUCCGCCCAGCACCC